AUGUCGGAGAGCCGCCAAUCUCUUUCAAUGGAGGAUCAACAAGACCUUUUACUUCAUCUCGAGCCCAAAGACGAAAACCAAACGCCACUACAAGAAGAAGGAGAUCUAAACAGCAAUAGCACAUCGAAGCGGAGGCGCUACAAUCGGCACACUGCUCACCAAAUCCAAACACUCGAAGCGUUCUUCAAAGAGAAUCCUCACCCAGAUGAGAAGCAAAGGAGAGAAUUGGGCCUGGAAUUAGGGUUAGAGCCCCUACAAGUGAAGUUUUGGUUUCAGAACAAGCGAACCCAAACAAAGAACCAUCAUGAGAAACAAGAUAAUUAUAGGCUCAAAGAGGAGAAUGAGACACUUAAGGCAGAGAACACAAGUUUGAAGGAGGCUUUGAGUAGUGCAUUUUGCCCUAGCUGUGGAGAUCCAAGGGCUCUUAGCCUUGAAGAGCACAAACUAAGGGUUGAGAAUGCCACACUUCGCGAAGAGAUAAAGAGGGUAAUAGCUAUAACUUCAAAAUAUGUUGGCGGGCCGUCGGUGAUGUACCAGAUGCUCUCAUCCCCGCUGCCGUCGAUUCAACCAAUGGAUGGCGGUGUUGGAAGACCUGAAGUUUGGCAAGGUAUGACAGUAGGAGACAGCGCAAGACCGGCAAUAGCACAGCUAGCAAUUGAUGCGAUGACCGAGCUCAUAAACAUGGCUCAGCUUGUGGAGCCACUGUGGCUUCGAAGCCCCGACGGCACAAAUGAUAUACUGAAUGAAGAGGAGUACGCGCAGCAUCUCUCGCGGGGGGUCGGGCCAAGGAUAGAUGGACUGAAGACAGAGGCGACCCGCGCGACGGCAGUGGUUGCACUUGACUGCAGGCAACUUAUAGACAUCUUCAUGAAUGCUAAUAGCUAUGAAUCAUUCUUUUCAAGCAUCGUUUCGACGGCCUCGACUGUCGAAGCUUUUCCUGCAGAAGUUCAGGGAAGUGAUGACAAAACUCUGCAGCUGAUGAAAGCAGAGUUCCAGUUCCCGUCUCCUUUGGUGCCGAAAAGAGAAUGUGUGUUCUUAAGGUACUGCAAACAGCAUGGCGAAGGCCUCUGGGCCGUCGUCGAUGUUUCUUUUGAUGGCCACGGUUACUCUGAAAUAAUAACCACUGACGGUCGCGAUUACACCAAAACGACAUGCCGGAGGAGACCAUCAGGCUGCAUAAUCCAAGCAAUGCAAGAUGGUUCCUCAAAGGUUGUAUGGGUUGAGCAUGUCGAGGUGGAUGAUGGAGGUGUUCAUGAGAUGUACAAGCCAUUUGUGAACUCAGGUCUAGCCUUUGGCGCGAGCCAGUGGAUCGCAACUAUUGAUCGACAUGUGAUGGCCAUUAACAAUUCGAUCUUCGAGUACAAUGGUGAUGACCCAAAAAUAGACCCAAAUGGGGGAAAGAACUUACUGAAGCAAGCAGAGAACAUGAUGAAGAGCUUUUGCGGUGCCAUCUCCGGCUCGCCUGAGCACGAGUGGACCGUCGAAGCGGGGAUUGGUACCGAAGAAGAAGCGGCAGCAAAGGUUAUGAGCAAAACGAUUAACAAUAAUGGUGAUCAAGAUCCUAAUAAUCCAACUGGUGUUGCUCUCUCUGCAUGCAUUUCCUUCUGGUUAGCUGUUCCAAUGAGAAGGGUGUUCGAGUUCCUGCGUAGCGAGACCUCUCGUCACGAGUGGGAUGCCUUUUACGACGGAAGCGAAAUUCAAGUAGCUGAGGUCGCUAAUUGCCAAGGGCGACAGAACUGCGUAUCGAUACUCCGAACUGGCGGCUCGGCAAGUGGUGAUGAGAACAACAUAAUGAUACUCCAACAGAGUUGCUACAACACUAGUGGCUCCUUUGUGAUAUAUGCUCCUAUUGAUGCAACUGCAUUGAACAUGGUCCUCAGUGGUGCAGACCCAACAAGCGCAAUUGCGCUCCUCCCUUCGGGUUUCGCCAUACACCCCGACAUGAAGUCGGGCGCGGAAAAUGGCAUGGCCUGCGACGGCGAGAAUGGCGGGUCUCUUCUGACAGUCGUCUUUCAGAUCAUCGCAGAUCGAUCGGGUCCAGAACCCGGUCUCCCUGCCGGGUCCGUUUCGACAGUUCGUAAUCUUGUUUCUGGUACUUGUGAAAGGAUCAGAGCAGCUCUCUCAGGAGACAAUGGGCAGUGAAACUGCAAAGGAGUAUAGUUUUUAUGAGCAAGUCAAGAACGAACCGCAGCUUCGCCGGAAAUCGAUGGCUUUGGUUCGGGAAUUGACUUCUUACAAAUGCUAUACAAUCUAAGGUUCUUGAAAUAAACUAUCCUUUUUCCUGCUUUCAUAUUACAAAUAAAAAGGAAAAACUCUUCUUCUAUAUGAGUACUGCUUUUUCUGAAAAGCUCUUGUUCAUGUUGGGCUAAGU